AUGGAGGUGCGCCUCUCUAACAUGGUCGCCGCGAAGGCGAUCAGCGAUGCGGUGCGGACGUCGCUGGGUCCCAGGGGAAUGGAUAAGAUGAUCCAAACAUCGAAGGGGGAGCUCAUCAUCACCAACGAUGGAGCGACGAUUUUGAAGAGCAUUCAGGCACUUCACCCCGCCGCUAAGAUGCUCGUCGAUCUUUCUGCUGCUCAAGACGUGGAGGCCGGCGAUGGCACGACGUCUGUGGUAGUACUCGCGGGUAGCCUUCUCGGUGCUGCGGAAAAGAUGCUGCAAAAAGGCAUCCACCCAACUGUCAUCGCAGAGUCGUUCCAAAAAGCCUCAGUGAAAGCGGUAGAAUACCUGACGGAAAUCUCCACCCCCAUCAACCUUGAUGACAAGACAUCGCUCCUCCGUGCUGCGACGACUUCAUUGAACUCCAAAAUCGUCUCCCAAUACUCCUCCACCCUUGCCCCCAUCGCCGUAUCUGCCGUCACUCGACUUGUCACCUCCACGUCCUCAAACGUCGACCUUCGCGACAUCCGAGUCGUAAAGAAGGUUGGAGGAACUAUCGAGGAUACCGAGCUCGUUGAGGGUGUCGUGUUGAACCAGAACGUUGUGACAACUGUCGGUGGCCCAACACGGAUAGAGAAGGCGAAGAUUGGUAUCAUCCAAUUUCAGCUGAGUGCCCCGAAACCAGACAUGGAUAACACUGUCGUCAUCAAUGACUACAGGCAGAUGGACAAGGUGAUCAAGGAAGGGCGGCAAUACCUCUUGAACAUGUGCAAGAAAAUCAAGAAGGCGAACUGCAAUGUCCUUUUGAUCCAGAAGUCAAUUCUCCGCGACGCCGUUGACGAUAUAUCUCUCACCUUCCUCAAGCGUCUCAAUAUUCUUGUUGUUAAGGAUGUUGAGCGUGACGAGAUCGAAUUCCUCUCCAAGUCUCUUGGCUGCAAACCCAUCGCCGACAUCGAGGCCUUCACAGAGGACAAACUGGGUUAUGCCGAUCUUGUUGAUGAAACGACGCAUGCGGGUGCGAAGGUUGUACGUAUCACUGGCGUGAAGAACAGGGGACGCACCGUGAGUGUGCUCACCAUGGGCAGCAACAGCCUCGUACUCGAGGAAUGCGAGCGCAGUCUGCAUGACGCUCUCUGUGUGGUCCGUUGUUUGGUUAAAAAGCGCGCGCUGAUUGCUGGUGGCGGUGCCCCGGAAAUCCAUGUCUCGCGAAUGCUCUCACAAUAUGCUCACUCUUUGAAGGGAAUGGAAGCCUACUGUUUCCAGGCGUAUGCGGACGCAUUGGAAGUCAUUCCAACGACGCUGGCCGAGAACGCGGGUCUCAAUCCCAUUGCUAUCGUCACGGAGCUCCGGAACCGCCACGCGCUUGGCGAACGGAACGCAGGCAUCAACGUCCGCAAGGGCCUGAUCUCGAACAUCUUGGAGGAAGACGUUGUUCAGCCUCUAUUGGUGUCUACUAGCGCGCUCGAGCUUUCGACGGAAACCGUCUGCCUUUUGCUCAAGAUCGACGAUUACGUUCAGACACGAUAG